AUGACUUAUUAUCCAUCACAUACUCAUCCAUUAAAUAAAUCCUCAUGUUCAUCUUAUUUAUUUUCAACAAAUAUUGAUAUUGUUACCAACUAUCAAUAUGUUCAACCAUGUCCUGCAUUAUUACCUUGCCAGUGUUUAUGUGACAUUGAAAACAAGAAUUUAUGGAUCGAUUGUUUUAAUCGAAAAAUAAAAUCCUUGCCGAUUCUUGGAACAAUUCCAACAAAUAAUAGUAUUAUUGAAUGGAAUAUUGAUUUAUCAUUUAAUUUAUUUGAUAAUCUAACUAAUUCGAAAUGGAUACCUACUAAUAUGCAUAUAGGUCAAUUAAUUUUUUCAGGUUCACUUUCUUAUGAUCUUGUUUUACAAUUAAAUUUAAUUCAUAGACAUUUAAUCGAUACAUUGCCUUAUCAACAACAUUUACCCAUUAUUAAUGAUGAUAAUCAACAAGAUCGAUUUUUCGAUGAUUAUCACGACGAUGAUGAUAUUGAAGAAAAACAUAAAUACACACCUGAUGAAUCAUAUAAUGAAUAUAUGCGUCUUCUCAAUGAAUUAACAUUGCGAUUACGUGAUGAUACCGAACAAAUAAAAAUUUUUGCUUUAUCACUUGCUGGUGAACCAUCAUCAGUUUCAAUUCUUUAUCUUGAUCAUAAUUCUCUUGAUAGUAUACCUAUUGAAGCUUUAUAUAAUGCAACGAGUUUAUAUGAACUUUAUUUAUCAUAUAAUAAUAUCAAUAAUUUACCAGCAUAUGCAUUUGGUUUUUCUCAUCGGCUAACACGAAUCGAUUUAUCCUAUAAUCAAAUAUCGUCAAUAGAUAUUUUAACAUUUCAACGGCAUCCGAAUGCAUUUGCUGGCCCAUUUCUUAUUGAUCAUCUUGACUUAUCACAUAAUGAAAUAACAAUUUUAGAGCCAAAUAUUUUUUCAUAUCUUGUUAAUUUACGUUUUUUAAAAUUAAAACACAAUCGAAUUUAUUCAUUAUCAGCGCAACUAUGGACUGGACUUUAUCGAUUAAAAUAUCUUGAUCUAUCACAUAAUUCUAUAGGAAAUUUUACGAAAGCAUUUUAUAGUUCUUAUCUUAAUGAAUUAAAAUAUUUAAAAAUGACGUCGAAUAAUAUUAAUCUUGUAAAUUCAUGUGAAUUUUUGUCACUCCGAGCAUUGAACAAACUUUAUCUCAGUGGAAAUAAUCUGUCAAGUGUUGAUACAUGUGCUUUUUAUGGUCUUUCUCAUAAAAUAGCUCAUUCGCCAGUGCAUAUCUAUUUACAUUCAAAUCAUUUUGAGACUCUUGAUCCAUGCACAUUUAUAAAUUUUACACAUUCAACAAUUCACGUUGAAAAUAAUCCACUAAUAUGUAAUUGUUCAUUUAAUUAUUUAUUACAUGCUCGUAAAUCACUAGUCUAUACUGGUCAAGAAUGCCGUGGUGGCUUCGCCUAUAAACCACAAACAAAAUUAACUUCGCCUGCCAUCCAUAAAAUCCACAAAGCAAAAGGAAACAAAAUUGUAAAUAAUUCAAUAACAUGUCGAAAUACAUUUCGAUAUUAUAAUAAUUUAUGUUGGAAACUUGAUUGUCCGCGUAUAUGUUCAACAAAUGAACGUUUUAUAAUACAAAUAACAACAAUAGCAACACCAAGUAAAACAAUAUCGAAAUUUCAAAAAGCAUAUUUUUUAAUUUUCUUUAUUUUAUUAUAUACGAUAUUUGAAGAGAAAAUAUAUUAG